CCCCCUUGGCUUCCUGUUGAGCGUCGACUAUAAGUUAAUGCCGACAUAGGUACUAGGUAGCAGGCAAAUCACAAGGACAGAAACACCAUUACGACCGUGACCACCACCACCACCAUACAACCAACACACAUCAUGACGACCCUCAUAGACCCGGCCACGCAGGCCCCCCUCCCGGCCGAUGCCAUCCAGCGCAUCCUCCACAUCACCUCCUCCUCGGUCCACAUCUACCAGAUCCCCCCUAUGCGCUCGACCAAGGGCCACAUGGCCGCCGACUGGACCGCCGACCCCAAGGCGCACAUCUUCACCGGCCGCGUGCGCAUCAUCGAGACCUCGAUCCCGCCGCAGACGCCCGAGCAGAUUGGAGAGAAGGACACGGUCAAGGUGGACAUUGUGCUCGAGGACCCUGCCACAAACGACCUGAUCGCCGCCGCCCCCUACACCACCCAGGCCGUCGUCGAGGCCACCAUCGACAGCAGCCGCUUCUUUGCCCUGCGCGUGCAGGAUCCCAACACCGGCAAGAAGGCCAUGCUCGGCGUCGGCUUCGAGGAGCGCAGCGAGUCUUUCGACUUUGGCGUGGCCCUGCAGGAGGCCCAAAAGUCGCUGGGCCUGAUCGAGGGCGUGGCGCCCCUGAUCAAGUCAAGCAAGAAACAGGAGGCCGAGGAGAAGAAGGAUUAUAGCUUGAAGGAGGGCGAAACCAUCACGGUGAACUUGAGCGGGACCAAGUUCGGGAGGAGAGCGAGGCACGAUCGCCCCUUGUCAACCGACUUGGACAGUGAUUCACAGCCGCCCUUGUCGGCCUUUUCGCUCCCCCCUCCCCCAUCGUCGACUGGAGGUGGCAGCGGGUUAGGAAUGCCUUUCUUGCCGCCUCCGCCUAGCAGUGGACGUGCUGCGCACAGGAGACAACCAUCUGCGCAGGAGUUAGGGUUCGACGAUGGACCGAACGGCAUGUUUGAAUAGGGAAUAAAAUCUGAGGAAGGAAAAUGAAGGAAACCGGAACGGCAAUUCUGGCUGGGGUUGGCUUUCCAGAGAAGUCAGCAAGCAAGCAAGAUGUACGGCGCAUAUACGAUCAUCAUCAUCAUCAACAUCAUACAGGAUAUUUACGGAUCAGGGACGCGGAAAGCGACAUUGGCAGAUAAGACGGACAAGAAACGGCCAUACGAUAUCAAAGUGGCAAAAGGACUUGUCUACAAGCUUACACAACUAUACAGAGCUAAUAUACCUAAUCAUAAACACCCUUCCGGCUCG